UGCCUCCUUGGCUAAAAAGAGUUACAGAAAGAAUAUUCGAGGAAUCAUGCUUGUUCCCCUCAGCAAUUAAUCAUGUGCUCAUCAAUGAAUACCUUCCCAACCAAGGCAUAAUGGCGACUGAGAGGGCGACCGGGAGAAUGUCCAAGCGGUCAACCGGCUUGUGUCAAUUGUUUGGGAGGACAUCCUCCCGGUCGUCCAUCCUUUUGGUCAGUUAUGGGCAAUUUUGCAAGCACAAGGUGUCAACCGGCGGUCGUCCGGUGUACAGCUACCUGCAACAAUUUGAUGAAUCGCUAAAGCCUCCCUUAAUUUGAUCAAAGUUUUGGGUUUCCCCUCAUUUGACAUGGGUUUGAUGUCAUGAUUGGAGCAGCAAAACUGUACUUAUUUCGUCAAAUUUAAAUUUGAUGGAAAAAAAAAGAAGUAAGCAUUGGAGAUGCUCUAAUGCCUCAACUAUUUCUCUCUUCUUGUUGCUGAAUGCCUAAGCCCAAGGUUUGAAAGCAAUGAAUGUCCAUUGGACAGGGUUAUCCCUUGAGAAUCAUAAUUUUGCACACCAGGAUGGGCCUGCUUAUUUUCCAGUAGUAGCAAUUCUGUCUCUUGGAUCACCGGUGGUUAUGGAUUUCACUCCUCAUUCAAGUUUGCAAUUGUGCACAAACACGUUGACAAAUAAUGUUGACGAUAAACCUUCUGAUGGAGCUUUUGAUGGUGAAACUGAGAAGUGGUUGGAUGAUCACCUCCCUUUUUCAGUCCUAUUGAUGCCUCGCAGUUUACUCAUUUUCAAAGAUAAGGCAUACUCAGAUUACUUGCAUGGCAUAAAAGAUAGCGAGGUCCAACAAUAUGACAAGGCUGUGAAUGUUGAUGAAAUUCUGAAAUACAAUGGAGUAAAUCAAGCACUGUCAGAGCCGGACAAAGCAUUUGAACUGAACAGAAUUGGAGAUGUUAAUACAUUGCACAGACUUAAAACAAGAGUGUCAUUAACAUGUCGAGUUGUAUCAAGGGUUCAUAAAAAUUUGUUCAAAUUCUAGAAUUUCUAAGGAUGUACUUUGUUUCUUUCUGUUGUCUAGUUUAGAACGAGGCUGCGUGAAAUGUUAGCACGCCAUUUUUCUUCUUUGGAUGUAAUACAUUUUCCAAAAAUGUUAUCAGAAUUUUUGGGUAAUCAGUUGCUAGUAACAUGUUAUAUAAAAAAUAAAAUUAAAAAAUC